AUGCUGGAUAAGCAUAUUACGGAUGUUGAAAUCUUGAGCAAAACAAGUCUCUCUAGCGAGUCUGGGGUUGUAUGCUUGUAUCGCUGUUGCCCUACAUGUCUAGAUACCCUCCGCAGUUUGACACAGAAAAUUCUUAUUCACAAAUGGGGAUCAAAUAGGAGCCUAUGGACUGCAGAGGAUGUUCAUGAUAUUGUUGCAUCAGUGUCAGUGGAUCUUCUUGCAGCAAUUAGAAGAAUGAAUGUUUCUGGAGGUUCCAGCAACUUAUUGGAUGAUAAAAUGAGAGACGGAAAUAAUGAGAGGGGAAUGCAGAUGCCACACCAUCAGCGAGAGCACCCCAACAAAAGAAAAUGCUUCCCCGAAUACUCAUCUCAGGCUUGA